AUGAAAUCUUUUACUACUUUUCAAAAUACUUUGAAGAUACCUUCACGUGUAUCAAUAUCGAGAUCUAUAAUAAAAAACUUUUCUACGAGAUCCGUUGCUUUGCAUCAUGUAGGUAAAACAACUAGAUUAUCUACCACUUUAAUUCAUGCGGAUGAUAAAGAUAAUAGAGUAACGGAUGUUGCUCCACCAAUUAAUGUUUCUACUACUUUCAGAUACGAUAAUGAAAACUUAAUUCCAUGGAACCAGAGAGAAGAUUUCACGUUUUUGGAAACAACUCCAAUUUAUUCUCGUCUAGGCCAUCCAAAUAGUACCAGAUUAGAAUCUAUUUUCAAUGAAAUUUUAGAUGGCAAUUCUGUAAUCUAUUCUUCUGGGUUGGCUGCCUAUUACGCUGCUUUGACUUACUUUAACCCUAAAAGAUUAUUUAUCGAACAAAGUUAUCAUGGGUGUCAUUCAAUUGCCAAUAUCUUUACAAGAAACUAUGGAUUAAAACAAUACACCUUUGCUGAUAUAGAAAAAUUUGCUCAGCCAGGUGACAUUGUUCAUUUAGAAUCACCAGUUAAUCCAUUCGGUACCAGUUAUGAUAUUCAAAAGUUGGCUGAUAGAACUCAUGCUAAGGGAGCUUUGUUGCUAGUUGAUUCUACUUUUGCUCCACCACCUUUGCAAAAUGUUUGGGAUUUUGGUGCUGAUAUUGUCAUGCAUUCGGCCACAAAAUAUUUUGGUGGUCAUUCUGAUUUAUUAAGUGGUGUGUUAGUCGUUAAAGCUUUAGAAACAAGUAAAAAAUUAAAGGAAGAUCGUAUUUAUUUAGGUACCAAUAUUGGAAAUUUGGAAAGUUUUUUACUGUUGAGAUCUUUAAGAACUUAUGAACUAAGAAUCAAGAAGCAAAGUGAAAAUGCUGAAAAGUUGGUAAAAUAUUUGUCUGAUAAUAAAGAUGUUAAAUUUCCUAAUGUUUUGAAAAAUAUUUAUCAUUCAUCAUUACAAACUAAAGAACCAUUUGUUACUAAACAGCUAAAGGGUGGCUUUGGUCCAGUUUUCUCCAUUAUUUUACAAAAUACUGAACAGUGUAAAAAAUUACCAACUUUGGUUAAAUACUUCCAUCAUGCCACUUCGUUGGGUGGUGUUGAAUCUUUAAUUGAAUGGAGAGCAUUAACAGAUCCAGAAAUUGAUCAAAAAUUGAUCAGAAUAUCUGUCGGUUGCGAAAAUGUUGAAGAUUUAAUUAAUGAUUUGGGUUGUGCCUUAAAACAAUUAAACGAUGGGGCCUCAUAG